ACUGCCCUGAGGGGAUGUGGCCCACUGAACAGCAUGAUGGCUGCCGGCCUAGAUCCUUGGAAUUUCUUGCUUAUGAAGAUACCUUGGGUGGAACUUUAGCUUCUCUUUCAAUUGUAGGGUCUCUUAUUCCUCUGAGCAUCUUGGCGAUUUUUUUACGGAACUCAGGAACUCCAGUUGUAAAGGCCAAUAAUAGAAACCUAAGUUACCUCCUCCUUUUUGCUUUGUUUUUGUGCUUCCUCUGCUCUUUAAUGUUCAUUGGUCCUCCUGUAGACCUAAUCUGUGUCCUUCGACAAAUUACAUUUGGGGUAAGCUUUGUACUGUGUGUUUCUUGUGUCUUGGGGAAGACCAUCAUGGUGGUGAUCGCAUUUAAUGCCACUCAGCCAAAGAGCAGCCGACGAAUGUGGCUAAAUUCUCGUAUCCCCAACGCAUUAGUAAUUGCUUGCACAAGUAUACAACUCAUUAUAUGUAGUUUCUGGAUAAUUCACUCUCCACCUUUUAAAAAUAAUGAUAUCACAUCAGAGUUAGGAGUCACAAUACUGGAAUGCAAUGAGGGUUCGCCAGUAGCUUUCUGGUGCAUGAUGGGAUAUAUGGGGUUUUUAGCUACUUUGUGCUUUGUAGUUGCUUAUUUGUCAAGAAAGUUGCCAGGCAGUUUCAAUGAAGCUAAAAUGAUCACUUUUAGUAUGUUGAUAUUUGUUGCAGUUUGGAUUUCUUUCAUCCCUACAUAUCUCAGCACCAGAGGCAAAGACUCAGUGGCAGUGGAGAUAUUUGCCAUUUUAUGUUCAUGUAGUGGACUCCUGGCAUUACUGUUUUUCCCCAAGUGCUACAUUAUAAUACUGAGGCCUGAAAUGAACAAUAAGGAAUUCCUUACAGGAAAGAGAGGCUUUAAACAUAGUAAACUGAAAUAA